AUGGCAUUACUGGACGAACAAGUGAAAUCCGAGCUUAGCAAAAUGCAAGCCUUCAUCGAGAAGGAAGCUAAGGAAAAAGCCAAGGAAAUCAAGUUGAAAGCAGAUGAAGAGUAUGAAAUUGAAAAGGCUUCAACAGUGAGAUUGGAAACGUCUGCCAUUGAUGCCACCUACGAACAAAAAUUGAAAAAAGCAAGCUUGGCUCAACAAAUUACCAAGUCGACAAUUGGUAACAAGACCAGGUUGAAAAUCCUUGGUGAGAAGGACCAAAUUUUGAAUCAGAUAUUUGACGACGCUGAAAAGGAGUUGCAUAAUAUCACCAAAGAUAAGGCCAAGUACAAGCCUGUUUUGGUUGGAUUAAUCGAAGAAGGUAUUUUGACUUUGUUAGAAAGCAAAGUAUCUGUCAAGGUAAGAGAAGCCGAUGUCGAACUUGCGAAAGAGGCCGCAAAGGAAGCGUCUAAAAACUACGAUGAGAAAACUAAGCAAAAAGUUGACGUCUCAAUUGAUGAGAAAGAUUUCUUGAGCAAGGAUAUUGCUGGUGGAGCUAUUAUUGUGAAUGGUACCGGUAAAAUUGAGGUUGUAAACACCUUGGAGGAGAGAUUGAAGAUAUUGCAAGAAGAAGCCUUACCUGCCAUCAGACUAGAAUUAUUUGGACCUUCGCCUACAAGAAAGUUUUUUGAUUAA